AUGUCGCUGUAUCAAAAACUACUGGAUCGUGUUGGAAGUCAGAAGCAUUUGCUUAGGUUCUGGGAUGAAUUAUCGGAAGAGCAGAAACAUCUAUUAGCAGAGCAGAUCGAGUCGAUUGACUUCAAUGCUGUAAAGGAGGCAUUUGAAACAUCUUCGAAUAUAUAUACAGCGUCUCCUGAGAAUCUUUCACCCGUUGCUAUGGAUCAUCACAUUGUGUUUAGAAAUCUAACAAAUGCGGAGAGGCAGCGCUAUUGGCGCAAAGGGCUCGAAGCAAUUUCUCAUGGUGAAAUGGCCGCCAUCGUUCUUGCAGGAGGGCAAGCUAGUCGUCUUGGAUCAACUGCUCCAAAAGGAACCAUACCUCUUGGCCUCAACGUUGCUCCUUGUGAUUCGCUGCUUGGCAUCCAAGCAGUGAAGAUUGCUCUUCUUGAGAGAUUGGCUGCAAAAGAAUUCCCUCAGCAGAAAGAGAAAGGCAAAAUUCAAUGGUAA